GAAAAAAAAAAAGGUUACUAGCUUAUAAUAUAUCUGAAAUGAAAGGCAAGGAAUCUCCGCCAAUUGUAUAUGUUCCAUGAGAUAAACUGCUACUAGCCUACUGGGCAGCUUCCCCAACCUGUUUAAGGGAGAUUAGCAAUUAACUGGUGUCUUCUAACUACACUGUUGAAAGCUACAUAUCAAAGAAGAGAUCUAUCUCAUCUGCCUAUAAUUUCUCAUUUGUUGCUUUCUUCAUUCUACGUUGUUGGUCAAUCAAUGGCAGCUUAGAAGAACAACGAGAGCUAACAGAGAUGGGAAAGACAGGCAAAUGGAUUAAAAGCAUCCUGACAGGGAAGAAAGACAAGGAAAAAAACCCCACAAAUCAGAAUUCUUCAGUUGCAAGUCAUGAAAAUCUCACCAGUCCAAUUUCCAAUUCUUCAGAGACAACGCCAAAAGAGAAGAAGAGAUGGAGUUUCAGAAGAUCAUCAGCCACAGCAGCUGCUCCAAAGGACUCCAAUUGUGUAGAUGCAGUGCCGGCCACACCACCACCUGUAUGCAUGAGCACAUUGGAGUCUGAGAAUUAUGAGCAGAAAAAGCAUGCCAUGGCUAUGGCGGCAGCUACAGCAGCGGUUGCUGAUGCGGCUGUGGUUGCUGCACAAGCCGCAGCUGCUGUGCUGCGGCUAACAGCAGCUGCCAACGAGAAGGCCGGUGCAAGUGAAGAAGCAGCUGCAAUAAAAAUUCAAUCCGUCUUCCGUUCAUAUUUGGCAAGAAAAGCACUGUGUGCGUUGAAAGGACUAGUGAAGUUGCAGGCAUUGGUGAGGGGUCACCUGGUGAGAAAACAGGCCAAAGCUACUCUAAGGUACAUGCAGGCAUUGGUGACCGCUCAGGCUCGAGCUCGAGCUCAGAGGAUCCGGAUGGUCGAAGACAAAAAUACUGUCAAUCCUAGACAUUCCACCCCCAGAAGAUCUUUACAGGAAAACCGGUCCAGGCAUACGUAUAACGUAAAUUCAAUGAUCCAACUCAAUGCUCUUUGUUUUGUUUUGAUUUUAUUGUUUCAUGAUACAAAUGAUAGAAUCAGAACUGCAAGUGCAUGGGAAAUGGCCAGAGGAAUUGAAGAGAACAUUAAGACUGUGGAGAUGGAUCUUGGUGAAUCAAAAGGAAUUUUGAAGAGCAGAAGGAGCAGCUAUUCAAAUCACUCGCAAACAGAGAGAACAGAACAACAUAGAUUUUCAACUCAGUAUGCACCAAAUCAAGCAUACUCAAACCAAGAAACCUACCAGCAGGCCUCUCCGGCUCCAUCAACGUUGACUGAUAGGAGCCCGGGAGCCUGCAGUGCACAUUUUGAGGACUACUCUUUUGGAACAGCUCAAGGCAGGCCUCAGUGCUAUUCUGCCAUGUCCAAAAUUGAUCCCUCAAAAGCUCCUUUCGCCUUCCCUAGGCCGGAUUAUGGAGAGCCCUUGUCCUAUGACUACCCUUGGUUCCCAAACUACAUGGCCAACACACUAUCUUCAAGGGCGAAAGCCCGAUGGCAGAGUGCACCGAAGCAAAGGCCUAUUGAUACAGUUGAGAGGCCGCCAAGCCGGCAGCGGAGGGCUUCAAUGGAGGGAAGGAACAUCCCAAGGGCUGUGAGGAUGCAGAGGUCAUCUUCUCAUGUGAGUUCAACUGCUCAGGGUUAUCAAUACCCUUGGUAUACCAAGCUUGAUAGGUCCACAGUUUCACUCAAAGAAAGUGAGUGUGGCUCCGGCAGUACAGUGCUCACAGACACCGAUUACUGCAGAUCUCUUGUUGCAUAUGAAGCACAUAGAAAUAGGUACUAACAACUCAUCCAUUCCAAUAAUUAUGCUUGGCCCAAAGCAUAAGACUAGGCAUAGGGUAAUUAGAAGAAUGCAAACUCCAAUAUGGAAUGGACAAAUACAGUGAAGAACUUCCUCUAGGUGGUGCAACGACCUCUUUUUAUUUAUUAUUUUCUUUUAACUUCUUUCGGUUCGUGUGUCAUUGUAACGAGAAAAUCUUGUGUGUCAUCGGAUAUGCACCUAGUGAUAAAGCAGAAUCUUUAUGUCGUAAGAAUGUGUGAUUUAUUUUGUUCCUUCCUUAUGUAGUGUCCCAUUUUGCAUUUGAUGUUUGUAGACAUUGUGGCUAAAUGUGUUGGUGAGUUUAUAUGUUUAACUAAACUUAUGAGCAGAUUUUAUUGAAUCUGUCUAUAUAGAAA